GUAUUUCGCUGCUACAAACGGCGCACCAAUGCACCAUACAUUUUUACGUAAUUUGUCAUGGCAGAAGUAAGUUCAUUGAGUGAGUCGGAAAAUUAUGUGGAAAGUGAUUUCGAAACCUCAUCAACAGAAGAGAAAAAGAAGAAAAAUGUUUAUCCCAAGAGGAAAAGAAAGUAUCAUCAUUUAUCCGAGCAUUUUUCCAAGUCGAAGAACAAUGUAAAAGUAAAGUCUAGUUCCACUGCUGGAAAAACUUUUACUUAUCUUGGAAAAACUAGGAAGAAAAAAAAUUCAACUCUUAGUGGUGAUUCCCUUCAACAUUCUUCGCAAUCCGUACAACAGCCACAAACUGUUUCAUCAUUCACUACCCAUCAUUCAGCACAUGACAUAGCGACUGAUGAAUUCCCAUCAGCUAUCAGCCUUGAAGAUCUUGAUAAGCUAAGAAGAGAAGUGAAAAACGACUUAGAAAGCAUGCAGGUAAGACAACAUCGAACAUGGCAAGAACGACAAACAUUUGGUGCAUGGGGACAGCAUGCUAGAAGAAGAAUUUUUACAGAAUAUGUAUCAAGACAGCCACUAUUUCAUUCAAAAUGUGACCAGUGUCAUGGUGAUUUGAACUUCUACGCUGUGAGAUGUAUGACCUGCAAAAGACACCUUUGCCAUCAAUGUGAUGCAAACACACACUCCAGCAUGCCAUUUCAUCGAAGACUAUUGUGUUCUUGCGAAACCCUGGAAACAUUACAGCCCCAUCAUUUUAUCGAUGAAGAACAUUAUAAGAAAACGUAUGAAUGA